UUAGUGUCUCACUGGCAACGAGAUAGAUUGGAUUGUUUGGUGAUGUACGCGAGCGUGUAAAAUCACGGCCAUCGACAAAUUAUCGGGAUAAAGUGCAUAAAAAGUACGGAUAUCGCAACGAGGAAAAUCAAGUAAUAGAGACAAACGAAAUAAUAUAAAAGACAAAAAUUGUGAGAGGAAGAAAAGAAUGACAGAUUGAUUUUGGUCAUGAUAUGCUACAAGAAAAGUUUAUCGAUGUGAAGAUGGAAGAUGAGGCUGACAUCAGGGAACAGCUCUUUCACAAUACUGUGCGAGAGAACAUCAUAUUUCUCCUUCUCUUUCUUCUACUUUGCAUUUCAAGCUACGCACUGAUUGCGAGAUUUCGUCGAAGGGACAGAGAAGAUUAUUUUUCAGUGGAUGAAGAUGAUGCCACUGUUUAUAGGAUCAGUCUUUUAUUGUGUACCGUUGCCUUAGCAGUGUCUAUUGGAGCAACGUUGUUAUUACCCAUAUCGAUCGCUAGCAAUGAGGUUCUUAUAUUGUAUCCUAAUAGCUACUACGUUAAAUGGCUCAACAGUUCUCUCAUACAAGGACUUUGGAACCACGUUUUCCUCUUUUCCAAUUUAUCUCUCUUCGUAUUUUUACCAUUUGCAUAUUUAUUCACGGAAUCGGAAGGAUUUGUCUGUUAUAAAAAGGGUGUUAUGGCUAGAGUAUAUGAAACUGUAACAGUUUUGUGCCUAUUAGGAACACUCGUGCUGGGAAUGGUAUAUGUUUUGUCUGCUCUCAUAGAUUAUCAAAAAUCUAGUCUCCAUACACUGUUGAGUAUAUGGAGCUAUUAUUUACCUUUCCUCUACUCUUGUGUUUCUUUCGUAGGUGUAAUGUUACUAUUAUUGUGUACCCCAGUUGGAUUUGUGCGAUUGUUCGAUGUUGUUGGCUCGUUUCUCGUAAAACCUCAGUUCCUAAAGAAUUUGGAUGAAGAAUUUUUUGCUUACAGAUUAGAGGAGGAUUGUAUUAGAAGAAGACUGCAACAUGCAAAAACGACAGGCAAAUCGUAUGUUUCGCCAGUACCUAUGUCUCUACCAGGUUGUAAUACAAUGGUCGAAGACGACGAACUUCUUAAUUUGAGUCCUGGAUUAAUGUGCCUCAGAAAUGGCGCCCUUCAACGUGGACUGGCCCAGAGAUUAGAAGAUGUUCAAAAGAAAAGAAACGUUUUAGACGAACAAAGACGAACUUGGUGGGUACGAAGAACACUACUUUAUCCUUUGGCAAUGAUCGCUCUACUUAUUCUCUCCACUGCCACGGCCUUAUUAGCGGUUCAGAAUACCUUGGAACUUCUUAUCGGCAUUAAAGCUCUACCAUUAAGUACGAGGCAAUUUACGCUGGGCAUCAGUUCUUUGUCGAAACUCGGGCCUAUCGGAGCUACGGUUGAAGUCUCAGUAAUACUUUACCUAGCCGCGACGAGUGCAAUUGGGCUUUAUUCGCUUCCAGGAGUGAGAAGGGUACAACCACGAUUUCGUUCCACUCCACUUACGCAUCUCAUCGCCAAUUGCGUUCUUUUACUUGUACUCAGUUCGGCAUUACCACUGCUUUCCCGAAUAUUAGGAAUGACGAACUUUGAUCUGCUAGGAGACUUUGGUCGUAUAGAAUGGCUUGGCAACUUUAAACUCGUAUUCUUGUAUAACUUAAUCUUUGCUACGGCGGUAAUCAGUUGUCUAGUUACGAAAUUUACAGCAACCGUAAGAAAAGAAAUUUAUGCCAGAUUGAGGAGUAGUUUCGUAGGCAUAUUUAAAGGGGAAUGCAAAAAGAAUUCAUUGGCAAUGUUUUCUACGAAGGAAGAAUAGACUGAUAUAUCGUAAGGAAGAAACAACAGAAAUAUAUACUUCUUAUUUAUUGCUUACUGAGAAGCAAAGAGCAGUGAUAUAAUUAUAACAAAAUUUUUCUUUUGAUUUUUAAUUUAGUUUAAUCGUAUAAAUCAUGCAACAUCAAGAAUUUUUGAAGGAAAGAUAAAUAUUUACUUAUUACUUAUUUAAGAUUAAAUAUUUGCACUGAUUGCAAUCAAAAUGUUAGAUUCUAACGGCGUGUAUCAUUUCACUUGUUUAUUCUUUCAAAAUUUUCUCCAUCAAAACAAAAAGCAAAAGCGCAAUGCUGAUUAAAAUAAAUAAUAUUAUUCUGAUAUUGUCCAGUAUAGUACUAGCGAUUAUUUAUCAUAUAAUUACUAUUAGAAUUGUUAUUUAUCUUGAAGCAUAAUAUAUGCGUCUAUCUUACGAGUGUUUAAUAAAAAUAAAUCGGAGGUAGUCACGACAAUGACAGUUUUAAGCCAGUAUUGUGAUAAAGACAAAAUAGACUUAUCAGGUGGAUGUGUGAACUUUUGUGGAUAGCAUAUUGCAUAAUGCACAUUCGGCUUUCCUAAAAACAAUGUUUUUUCUAUCAAUUUGUUCGUUGAUAGAAACUUUUUCUUUUCUGUUUAUAACAUAACAUUUUUAAGUAAUUUUUUAACCUAAAUUUUUCAUACGUAGCAGAAAAUAGGUCAAAUUUUGCUCGUCCAUUGCUAAAAUGUGCAGGUAAAUGCAUUUCAAUCGAUUUCGUACAAACAUUUAUUUAUUGUAAUGCAUUUUAUAAAGAUGUUGUCGUCACUAUCUUUAUUUAUUGUGAAAUUGCCUUGUUAUAAAUAAAAUACAUAUGCGAUGGAAAUGAGUAACUAAUAAGUUAAGAAAUAGUAGGACAUUGAAAAAGUAAUGAUAUUUCUCAAUGAGUCUUUCGUUGUUCUUUGAUAAAAUAAUAAAUUAAUAACAUGCAUUUCAAUGCAUAUAGACAGACUGUACGCAAUGCUUUAGAGUCAACGGAGAAGAGGUAAUAAAUAUUUAUCCUGUUUGUAAAAAGCAGUUGAUAUAAAUGGAAUCUACUCAAUAUUUAUCAAAACGCAAAUCUUUAAGUAAAUAUGUAUUUUUACACAUGGAAUCUUUAGAUCCUCUGUAUCCAUGACUAUUUAGCAUCUAUAUUAGUGCUAGGUCAAUUUCUUAGAUUUUUUGCAGCAAUAUUAUGUGAUAAUACAUCUCGUCAAGAAGACAAUACAAUAUUAAGACGUGCACUGGCACUAACAUACUCAUAUUUUUUAUAUAUUACGUAUAUAGGAUAUAGUUUCUCAGGAUAUAAAGUGUACUGCUUUACACUUAUGUUAUACAUUCUUUAAGUGAUGUCAUGAAAUUCUUGCUUGUUUUUACGACAAAUUACUUUGUCAAACUAAAGUGUUUUAUUGGCAUCAUUGACUCAAAAAUAUUGUAUUAUAUUUUUCUUCAAAGACCGUCAUGUACAUGUGUGUGUAUGUGUGUGCGUGUGCGCGUGCAUGAUGUGUAUAAAGCUCGCGCUGAUGAAAAAUCUGUAAUAUACUUAGUAUCUAGGAAAUUCUACAAACAUGCUAUUGUAUAAGUAAUGUAACAUUUUUUUUAUAUUAUGGGAUAAAAAUUUUUAUAAACGUCAUAAUACUUUAUCCCCUGAUCUUAUCUGUAUCAUAGUUAAAAAUAUGUAAAUAAUGUUAUUUAUUCUUGUGUACGUACACUUGCACAUAUAAUUUUGCGAAAACACGAA